CUUCUCCGACACGAGACGACACGCACUGAGCUCAGAGUGACCGAGGCAACUCUCCACUGAUGGACUAGAGGACACGGAAAAAAUAACAAAACAGCUGAAUUUCCACAGUUUGAAAAGUUUUUCUAGAGUCACUUAACCUACUUUUUUUUUCUUUUAAAAUAAAAAGGCAGGACCCUUGGCGCAGCAGCAACGCCCCGCGGCGGAUAUUAAGCACUCAUUAUGUCUGAUGGGGAAUACGAUUACCUCAUCAAAUUCCUAGCCCUGGGUGACUCUGGUGUGGGAAAAACAAGCUUUCUAUACCAGUACACAGAUGGCAAGUUCAACUCCAAGUUCAUCACUACAGUUGGAAUAGACUUCAGAGAAAGAAGAGUGAUAUACAAAUCAACAGGUCCAAGUGGAAGUUCAGGCAAAGGACAAAAGAUCCACAUGCAGCUGUGGGACACUGCCGGACAGGAGAGGUUCCGAAGUUUGACAACUGCUUUUUUUCGAGAUGCAAUGGGAUUCCUACUCCUGUUUGAUCUGACAAAUGAGCAAAGUUUCAUCAAUGUCAGAAACUGGAUGAGUCAGUUACAGAUUCACGCCUACUGUGAAAGUCCGGAUGUGGUCCUGUGUGGAAACAAAUGUGACCUGGCAGAUCAGCGAGCAGUCAGUGAAGAUCAGGCCCGUGAUCUGGCAGAGAAAUACGGGAUCCCAUACUUUGAGACCAGUGCUGCAAACGGGCAGAAUGUCGGUGAAGCCGUGGACGUUCUGCUGGAUCUCAUCAUGAAGAGGAUGGAGCGAUGUGUUGACAAGUCCUGGAUCCCAGAUGGGACUGUCCGGGCGAAUGGACCCACCAACCCAGACAUGUCAGAGCGCUCCGAUGGAGGCAAAUGUGGAUGUUAGAAAGAAUUUCGUCACACAUCUGUGUUCACAUGUUUUUUGUGAAAAAAGAGUGAGACAGCCAAACAAAGUGGAAUUCUGUGUAGUACAUCGUGUGGUUGCGAAAACUUCAUCACCUUCAGUGUUAUCUGUGUGCUCCACAAACCAGUGUAAUGCAGAUUUACUUUCACUGACAUGCUGGUUGAUCAGUCAGUACGGACUUAAAUGCAUUUUUAAUUUGGGUAUUUAAUUUGUAUUUACUUUUAUUUAGUCAUUAGUUCAUACAAUAAUACAUUGAAAUUAGUUGAAAGGUGAAUUUAUUUUUUCUGGCUUACAUUUUCUUCCACUUUUGGUGCAUAUUUUCAAGCGUUACUUUUUUCCUCCACAGAAUGAUGAGGACCCUUGUUACAUGUGCUAUAGACAUAUGGCCUUUGAGAGAAAAAUUGAUGAUGGAUGUACUUUUAGGAACCUUUAUGUCACUCUUUCUGUGCCACUAAUCUUUACUGAAUGUCUUAUUUUUAAUUGUUAAAUACUGCAGUCUUACUGGAGCCAAAGCAGAAGAAAAUACAGCUCAUGCGACUGUGGUAUUGACUAGAACAGCUAACGCAUACUUCCUUCUAGUAAUGUUUUCACUAGCUACCCUCAAAAAUGUGGGUUUAGGAUUACAGUUUAAUCUAUAUUAUGAAGUUUAAAACAAUUAAAUAAAAAACAAGGCAGUAACUCAGGAAGCCAGUUAAUUCAGGUAUUGCACCUAUAAGAUGGAUACACAAAUGUUUAAUCAAAGCCCUUUUUUAAAAAAGCUUAACACAUCACUCAGAUUUAUGUUUUAAACUAAAAUAUUGGUGUAUGGAUUUCCUGUGUUAAGUCUGUAUCUAAAGUUAAAACAUGGCAAGAUGGAUCCCAC